GGGCCGCGCAUGCGCCGAAACAUCAUUUCGCGGCUCCCGCCCCACCCCCACCUCUCUGUCUUCUCUGCACUGGGAGCAGCUCUCCUGCUACAGCCCCUCAUCCCUGACAAUGUAUGCCUGCGCCAAGUUCGUCUCCUCCCCCUCUGUGGUCAGGAGUACCUCUCAGCUGCUGAGCAGAUCACUGUCCGCGGUGGUGCUGAAACAGCCAGAGACACUGACAGAUGAGAGCAUCAACAGCUUGGCAGCCCCACGUCCCAUGACCUCGCUUAUUCCUAGACACAGCUUCCAAACCAGCAGCAUUUCAAGGGACAUUGACACAGCCGCCAAGUUCAUUGGGGCCGGAGCUGCCACGGUAGGGGUGGCUGGCUCUGGGGCUGGAAUUGGAACUGUGUUUGGAAGCCUCAUCAUUGGUUAUGCCAGGAACCCUUCUCUGAAGCAACAGCUCUUCUCCUACGCCAUUCUGGGGUUUGCCCUCUCAGAGGCCAUGGGGCUCUUUUGCCUGAUGGUGGCCUUUCUCAUCCUCUUCGCCAUGUGAAGAAGCAAUCUCACCUCCCAUCGUUAUUUCUCCCAUGUCUUGUCUGCCCUGGGUAUUCCUUUUCCCGUACCUCCCCAGGUAGCCUGGGGAAAGAGGUUGGCUCAGGGUUUGACAGAGGGAAGACAAAAUAAAUAUUGUAUUAAUAAGA